ACGCUUUGUUCAAUUCCACUUCAGUCAAUUAUUGUUGACACUCCAGUUUGAGAUGAAGACUCUCUUCUACGUCAUUGCUGUGAUAUCUAUGACAAUUACUUCCACAAAAGGGCAAUCAGACAAUCCUUCAACUCACCAAAAUGGGGCUUUGGUGAAUGAUGAGAGAUGUGGUUCUCAACCGUCUAUACAAGAGGCAGUUCCUUUCACUUCAUAUCCUAAGGGAGUACAAAGAGUUGAGCCAGGAGAAUAUCCUUGGGUGGUGAUGCUUUCCAUUGAGAACGUGGCUUACUUCGUGGGAGAAUCACCUUACACAACUUGCAUGGGUUCAAUCAUAUCUAAACGAUUCGUGCUAACUGUUUCAAGCUGUUUCUCACUGUAUGGAACCGAGAACACUAGUCCCAGACCUAGAUCUAUCAUUAUAAGUGCUGGAGAGAUCGAUUUAAGCACGACUCCUCACUGUGAUGAUUACACCAGCUGCCCUCUAAAUGUCUACAUUGGCGAGUCGGUGAAAUACUACAGGGACAAUGGACCAGCCGAAGGUGGCAAAAAUAUUGCUCUGGUCAAAACUACACAAACAAUUUUUUUCCAUGAUACCGUGCUCCCGAUUUGCUUACAGCAUGAUGCGUUACUUUAUCCACCAAACUUCUGGGGAGAGAUUGGAAUUAGGGUGACUGCAUCUGAUCAGAAUCUCCAACAAGUGGGAGGACAUAUUCUCUCAGAGGAAGAGAACACAAAGUUGCAUGAAAGUCAUCUGCCAGGCGAUAUGCGCUCCGAGGAUGUGAACUCGGUGUUCGGCAUUGGAGGGACGGCAGCCGAGGUCUAUCACGACUCUGACAUCGGAGGUCCGUUGAUGAUCAAGAAGCCAAUCGACAAUGUUCCGCCGCGGUUCUAUCUGUACGGAAUUCGCUCCUUCAAGGCGGAAACACCUGUGCCUCCCUACGCCUCGACCUUUGUUUACACCAAGGUCAGCCAUUAUCUCGAAUGGAUACUGGACAACAUUAGUGAAUGAUAAUAAUAUUGGACUAAAGCUAGUGGGUGGAUGAUAUAAUUUGCACAAUAAUUGUUCUCAGAUAUCAGCUUAAAUCGUGGAAGUGAAUGUAUUUCGUCAACUUGAUAGCACUAGUGAAUGAUAUCAAUUACACAAUAAUUGUUCUCAGAUAUCUACUUAGAUCGUAAAUGUGAAUGUAUUUUCUUAGGCUCUCUUAUUGGAGGAAUUCAUCUUCCUUAGAGUUAAAGAGAUAAUUAAAACAAAUUAUACCAAGAUAAUAGUGGGUUAAGUUUUUUCCUGUA